UCUGGUCAGAGAGCGGGAGAGGGGAGGGCAGGAACAGCGCCAGAGAGUCAGAGGAAGCUGGAGAAUCUGCCACUUUCAGAGAGACUCGAAUAUUUUUAUUCUGCUUCAAUUUGACCACAAGCUGCACAGAUAGUUCAGUCGCUGCUGCUGCUGCUUCGACCUGGGUUUUAAAGCCGGACAUUCAGCUGCGGUGAGGUGACAGGUUGGAUGCCAUGGACCCGCUGCUGCCCUCAGACCCGGAGAUGACGGAGCGAGAGGCGGACAAGGAUGCGCGGAGGAAGAUCCAGUUCUCCGUCCCGUCCUCCGUCCCUCUGCAGUUGGAUCCGCGACAGGUGGAGAUGAUUCGACGCCGGAGGCCAACACCUGCCACUCUCUUCAAACUGACAGACCCGCCUUCACCAGAGGAAGACAGCAGCUCGCAUCAGUGGGUUCUGGGUGAAAAUGGAUCCACGAAAGCCAAACUGGUUCAUAUGGCGACUUACCAGCCACCCUCACUUAGAGCUGUCCAGAUGUUGGCUGAGGCACACCUGAAGUCUCUGGACAGAGAAGCGCCCUCUUCUGGAGAGGAAGAGGAGCAACAUGAUGAUGAUGAUGAGGAAAAGCAGCAGGCAGCAUCAGUUACAAAUCUAAGAGAAGAAAGCAAAGCUUCAACAGUUUUUUGCGAGCUGCUGGGAAGUUCAGCCGCAAGAGCCGAGACCACAGAACUGGAGGAAGGAAAGGGGGAAUGACAAAAAGACGACAACUGGCCAAGAGAGUUUGUGGAGAAUGCACAUAUGCAGCACAUGCAUGGACAUUUUUUGCGUGUUCAUGGGUGUACAUAUGUGCUUUUUAGGUCUGCAGGUGUGUGCAUGCAUGCAACAAUGAAGCUGAAAGUGGAAAAAGAAAGAGCAGAGGAAACAUACAAUCAUCGGGGAAGAAUAUAAAUGAGCAGAUAUGGGUUAAAGUUUAACCUGAGACAGCCAAGAAAGCUGGAGAUAUAAUCCAUGUCAGCUGUAAACGCAUCAAAUCAGGAAGACCAUGUCAGACUUUUAUCUGUAGGUUACUUUAUCUUGGCUACAAAUUGUAAAUUAAAAUGUUAGUCCACAUACACCAAAGUGCCACAUAAAUAGAUUUAACAUUUACAUCAACUGCAAUAACCGCUACAUAUAUAUGUUUGGUCAUAGAUGAUCAGAAUUUCACUCAUUUCACAGUGGAGAUGCAAACUUUGCUGAAUAUUUGCAUACGAGGUCGAUGGAGAAAAGAGGAUGAAUGACAGAUUAUCACAUCUGCACAGCUGCCAUAUUAAUAAUUAUGGGGACUAAUCCGACCAAUCAUGAUAAUGCAGCCAUGUUUAUCUGCUGGAACAUUAAACAACAGGCUUUUGUAAGAUGGUCACUAUAGCAAAUGUGAUCAACUGGCAUCGGAAAUCUCACACAGUUAAAUAAAUUACCUGAAGAGCACGAAUGGUCAUUUAUUAAUCUGUAUAUAACAUAUUAACCUGUGUAUAUAACUAAUGGAUUCAUUCUUAAUAAACCUAUACAAACAGGUUGUUGCUUUAAGUGGGAUUGAACAGACUGCCUGUAAAAAUUACACAAUAAAAUAUU